CAUGUGCGAGUAUCUAACACUGUCCGUGGUUAUCGUUCAUGAACAUACGUCAAACUGAUUUUAUCUCAACAUGUGAUUUUGUACAUGUUGGGAUACAGAUAGCCGAAGAAGAAGAAAAGCCUUCACUUCAAAACUCACCAUGGCAGAGAAGAGAAAGCUGCGUAAAACAAGCGCCUGGCAGCGCCUGAAGAAGCGCUGGAACAGGAAGGGCAUUGUGGAGAUUGACGUAGGCCACCCCAGCUAUAAUGAGCUGUGCUGCAUACGACAAGGGAUACGGGAGGUGCUCCUCAACUAUCCUCAGCUUGGUCCACAGGAUGAGUUGAGGACAGAAGACUAUGACCACGUUUUGGAGAAGACAAUGGUGAUAAAUAGGAAGCACUACACGUUCUGCAGUUAUGCCAGUGCUGUGUUCGCCACAAUGCGCCGAGCAAUUGACGUUGACGAAGAACAGUAUCAAAAAUCCUUGGCCCCGUCCGAGGCUCUUCCAUAUUUGGAGUUCCACAGCAACUCCCGAAGUGGCCAGAAUUUCUACUUGUCGUAAGUGCAGAAACUUUCUUAUCAGUCAAACAAAAAGAAGCCAGUCAGGUUUUUUCUGAGUAUUCUCAAGCAGUACUUGGCCCAUUUCCAAACCAAUCCACACUCACUGCUUGUGAAGUUUCUGGGUCUGUACUCUAUAAAGAUGUCAGGUAGAAAGCAGAAAUAUUUCCUGGUAAUGCAGAGCAUAUUUUUUCCAAGCGACAGGAUUGAAGACAAGUUUGAUAUUAAAGGAUGCUCUGCUGGGCGCUAUCAAAAGCCCAGUCCUCCAGGUUCUACCCACAUGGCUGUACUCAAGGAUCAGAAUUUCUGGAAAGAGUCCAUCGAUCUAGGUCCACAAGGAGAUUGGUUCCUGCAGACUCUGGAGAAUGACUCUAACUUCCUGUCUGACCUGGGUGUCAUAGAUUACAGCCUUCUGAUUGGUCGACAGCACCUUAGACAGGACGAGAGACGAGAGAGUAUCAGUAAUCUUGUGUGCCGUGUGCAAAAGUCGCUCCAUGAUCCCACAACUGGUCAAACGGAGGCAUUAGACACAGUAACAGAUGUGUUAAAGGUGGGAGAGAAGAGCUACGUGAGAAGGGAGACUACUCUGGACAGUUUACCGUGCUCUUUGGAAGACCUAGAUGAAAGCAGAUCAGACAGUGUUUUUGCUAACCUUUCAAGCAUAAGCCAGUCAAAUGAGGCUGGGAGUAAGGGUGGACAUAAUAAAGGGUGGACAUCAACCAAUGAAAAGUCUUUAUCAGUACCACCCGUGACAAAAACAAUACAUGGUAAGAAAGACAUGAAGUCUGGCAAAGCUGCGUGGAAUGGGACUGAAGACAAAGAGCGUGUCCGGCCUCGAUCCACGUUGGUGUCGCUAACAAACAGCGAUUAUGUGGAUGAGCAGGAAGGUGGGGCAACGCGCCGGCUACUGCCCAACUGUAAAAACUCCCUGCACAUCAUAGAUGGGCCCCAAUUUCGCUACUUUGUGGGAAUAAUUGACUUCCUCACAGUGUACGGACUUUGUCAGAAACUUGACUCCUUCCGAAAGAACAUUAAAUACUCGUGCGGAGACCACUCAACAAUACCGCCUGUCCCUUACGCCCAGAGAUUUCAACAAUUCAUUCGGGAAAGGACAAACUAA